UUGUACGUCUCCCUUCUCGUCUCUGCUACACCGUACGGUUGUGCAUUUCAGUACUUCUGUCUGUAAAAACGCUUGCGUCUAGAGUCCAGCAUAAUCUUUCCAACCUGACUUUAGGACUAGUUACUGGCACAUCUCCUCAUUGGAGGAGUCAGCCAUAAGGAAAGGAAGGAAGGGAAAAACGCUUGCGUGAAUAGACCUAUAGACCCACUCAUGAAUUAUAAAUACAUGAAUAUAUCCGGUGUGAAGGAAUACGGAUGUAUGUUCUGCGUAAUGCAGGUGCUUAGUGCCGCAGUGGCUUUAUAGAUGUAGUAUAGUAUAAAAUAUAUUGUUUUCUGAAAUUGUGAUAUACAGUAAUUCAUUGCGUUGCCUUACUCAUGUGGAAAAUUUUCAAACAUUAUUACUAGGGUUUUACAAUUUUUUAGGAACACAAGCAUCAUACCGCGAAUAGCAAAACAUGUAUGCCAUAUCAUUAUGGUUCGACCAUGGAUAGGAUGCCUGUUCGGCAUCCUGAUUGCCUCAGUAAUCUCAUAUUUAUACAUAUUAAUAAAUGUUUCAUCGCUGGACAAUAAAUAUAUAGAAGAUCUUGGGAAAUUACAGGAUUUUACACAUGAUAAUAGAUUGAAUUUUAUAGUAAAUAUUUCAAAUGGUGCUGCCAAGGUUGAUCAAGUCAAUGUCUCCCUAAAUAACGAUAGAAUUAAAGAAAAGUGUGAAUCUAUACACAUUGCUAUAGUAUGUGCUGGAUAUAAUUCAACAUUCAGUCUUGCUACAGUAGUUAAAUCCAUUGUAUUUUAUCGUACUAAACCUUUACAUUUUCAUCUAAUAGUUGAUGAAAUAGCGAAACGAACAUUGAAGAUACUUUUUAGAACAUGGAAUUUACCACACGUGACAGUAACAUUUUACAAAGCAGAAGAAUGGAUACCAGGAGUGGCAUGGAUUCCAAAUAAGCACUAUUCUGGUGUCUAUGGAUUAUUGAAGUUAAUUCUGCCUGCUGCUUUACAUGAAGAUAAGGUUCUCGUGCUGGACACGGACGUUACCGUUUUGACUGAUAUUGCUAAAUUGUGGCAAUUAUUUCACGAGUUUAACAAUGACCAUUGGAUCGGAUUAGUUGAGAAUCAAAGUGAUUGGUAUAUAAAACAAUUGUCAUAUAGGCUGAAUCCAUGGCCAGCCCUAGGAAGAGGGUUUAAUACUGGUGUUAUGCUCAUGCACUUGCAACGCUUGCGAGAUAGAGACUUUUAUCAGCUCUGGAAAAAUAUAACCAUAAACGUAUUGAGAACUAUUCCUGAAACUCAUUUGGCAGAUCAAGAUAUAUUGAAUGCUGUCAUUAAAGAGUAUCCAAGUAUUAUUCAAAGACUGACAUGCACAUGGAAUAUUCAACUUAGUGAUCACACAAUAAGCGAAAGAUGCUACAGUAAUACCAAUGAAAUUAAUAUAAUUCACUGGAAUUCCCCAAGAAAACAAGCUGUACGAAACAAGCACAUUGAUGACUUUCGUAAUAUGUAUAAAGUAUUUCUGGAAUUGGAUGGAAAUCUAUUACGUAGGCGACUGUUUGGUUGUGAUGAAACUGAAGUUACGACGAUUUAUGAUCGAUCAAAUAUGUGUCUAAAAUUUACUAAAGCUGCUACUAUCCGUUAUCGAACUCAUCUGUUCCUGCUCGAAUAUGAGCAUAAUGUUUAUUCUGCAGUGGAUGUUGCUCUUGUCACGCAAUGCAGCGUGGACAGAAUAUCCCUUCUAGAAGAUUUAUCUAAAUAUUGGCCAGGAACCAUCAGUGUUGCUCUAUAUCUCACAGAUGCAGAAACGCAUAGCUUCUUGGAUUUUGUGCAUGCAUCAACAGAGUUGAGUAAUCGAAAGAAUAUCGCGUACCACAUAGUGUACAAAGAAAGCGAGUUUUAUCCCAUCAAUUACCUCCGAAAUAUCGCAAUGUCUUACGUAUCGACGCCAUAUAUUUUUCAAUUGGAUAUAGACUUUCUUCCACAAUUUGGAUUGUAUCAGAAUUUGAUGAAUUAUAUCACUAAGUUAAAUAUAAGCGUCUUGGAUAAAACGGCUCUGGUAGUACCGGCAUUUGAGACGCAACGUUAUCGAUUUUCAUUUCCCGUCAAUAAAGAAGAACUUGUCAAGUCUCUUAAUCGUGGCCAAAUUUAUACAUUUCGAUAUCACGUUUGGACACAAGGUCACGCUGCUACAAAUUAUACUUUUUGGCGCAACGCUACUGAACCUUAUGCGAUAUCAUGGGAACCUGAUUUUGAACCUUAUAUUGUGGUUUCAAACUUAGCGCCCCAGUAUGAUAUAAGAUUCAUUGGUUUUGGCUGGAAUAAAGUUUCCUAUUUAACACACUUGACAGCCUUAGGAUACACAUAUAUCGUAUUACCUGAUGUCUUUAUUAUUCAUCGUCCACAUGCUCCUAGUGUGGACAUUGGUAAAUUUAGAACAGAUGCACUAUACAGAAGAUGCCUCAAGAAGUUGAAGGAUAUGUUUGUGGAAGAGUUGUUAUCGAAAUACGGAGACAGCAAUAUAUCUCAAUUAAGAAAGAAACCUGUGUCAAUAGCCAACGCAAACAAUGACCAAAGAAAUGGUUCUUAGUGAUAUUACAAUUUUGAUAUUAUAUAGAUACUGUCAUCAAAGAACAUACCAAAUCUCAAAGCAGUCACAGCAAUCUCUCAGUAAGUGCGCGUGCACAGGGCUGCAGUCGAAGAAACAGGCACUUUGCGUAUUACUACCCCUGCGCACAGUGAACAAACUGUUGCUGUUCACCUUCGCGUGAAAGAUUACAAGUAAAGGUAGCGGGAAAGGGAUGUAAACUAAGAAACGUCAGGCUAUAGGUGGGGGAACGCAGUCGUUGACCGAUAGAGGGGAAGGCAUCUCAGCGCGCACUUAGUGAGAGGCUACUGUGUUUUUAAAAUAACAUUGCAAUAUUUAAGUUAAAUAAAGUUACAUAAAACGAA